GGGCUUUCGAAAUACAGUUUUUCGAAAAUUUUUGGCAAUUUUUUUAAAGACGAUGUUUUCUUGGAUAAACAUUCCUCAAGCACCCGAAGCAACUUGGUUAGAGGUAACGACACUAUAUGUUAGCAACUACUUAAAAAGGAUCACCUACUCUGAAUUCGAUCAUCCUGAAAAAACUAUUGUAUUAAGGAACGUACCGUCUAUAUCUGUUGGAGAAGAACUAUUUGGAAUUGAUUUCAAACCUCUCAUAUUUUUGUCAUCUUUUUAUGUACAGACACUUAAAGCCGAAAUAAAAAUGCCCAGCGGGAACAUAGACAAACCCGUAAUCGAAGAUAACCACGAUGGUACUGUAACAAUAAAAUACGACCCUCGCGAAGAAGGUGUCCAUGAACUAGCUGUGAAAUUCAACGGUGAACACGUCCAAGGUUCGCCUUAUAAAAUCCACGUAGAUUCUAUUAGUUCCGGUUACGUGACAGCUUACGGUCCAGGUUUAACACAUGGAGUCACAGGAGAGCCUAGCAAUUUUACAAUUUCCACCAAAGGAGCUGGAGCAGGUGGAUUGUCCAUGGCUGUCGAAGGACCAAGCAAAGCAGAAAUUAGUUGCCACGAUAAUAAAGAUGGAACUGUUUCUGUAUCGUAUCUGCCAACUGCCCCUGGAGAGUAUAAAAUUUCUGUUCGAUUUGGAGACAAACACAUUAAAGGUUCUCCAUUUAACGCGAAAAUAACUGGAGAAGGCAGAAAACGUAACCAAAUAUCAGUAGGAUCCUGCAGUGAGGUAUCUCUUCCUGGUAAAAUAUCCGAUGCGGAUAUCAGAUCACUUAACGCAUCAAUCCAAGCUCCCAGCGGUUUAGAGGAACCUUGCUUUUUAAAAAGUCUCCCGGCUGGAAACAUCGGAAUCUCAUUUACGCCUAGAGAAAUUGGAGAACACGUAGUCAGCGUCAAAAAAAUGGGUAAUCACAUUACAAACUCUCCCUUCAAAAUCAACGUUUGUGAACGAGAAGUUGGAGAUGCUAAGAAAGUUAAAGUUACUGGUACUGCUCUGAAAGAAGGUAAAACACAUAUGGAUAAUACGUUUACUGUGGAUACUAGGAAUGCUGGUUUUGGUGGACUUUCUCUGUCUAUUGAAGGACCUAGCAAAGCAGAAAUCCAAUGUAACGAUAAUACUGAUGGUACAUUGAACAUUUCUUAUAAACCCACUGAACCAGGAUAUUAUAUCGUUAAUCUUAAGUUUGCUGACCAUCAUUUAGACGGAUCGCCAUUUACUGUUAAGGUUACUGGUGAAGGCUCAAACCGACAAAGAGAAAAGAUUCAAAGGCAAAGAGAAGCAGUGCCUAUUACAGAAGUUGGCAGUCAAUGUAAACUUACAUUUAAAAUGCCAGGUAUUACCUCAUUUGAUCUCAGUGCUACGGUAACAUCUCCUGGUGGGGUAACUGAAGAUGCUGAAAUUAAGGAAGUUAAAGAUGGACUUUACGCUGUUCAUUUUGUACCAAAAGAACUUGGAGUUCACACCGUUUCUGUUAGAUACAAGGACAUUCAUAUUCCUGGUUCUCCAUUCCAAUUCACUGUUGGUCCAUACAGAGAUCAUGGUGCUCAUUUAGUAAAAGCCGGAGGAGUUGGUCUAGAACGAGGAGAACAAGGUGAAAUCAACGAAUUCAACGUAUGGACUAGAGAAGCAGGAAGUGGUCAACUUGCAAUUUCAGUAGAAGGUCCCAGCAAGGCCGAAAUCAACUUUACCGACCGUGAAUACCGCAUUGGUUUGAAAUUCAACGACGAGCAUGUACCAGAUUCACCCUUCAAAGUCUACAUAUCGCCAGCCGUGGGUGAUGCUCAUCUCCUGGAAGUAGCGCAGUUCCCUGAAGGCUACAUCCAAGCCGACAAACCAUCCCAAUUUAUAGUCAGAAGGAAUGGAGCCAAGGGUGAUUUGGACGCUAAAAUUAUUGGACCAUCGGGUCACGAAGAUGAUUGUUUCGUCCAAAUAAUUGACAUGGAGGAAUAUUCAGUCAGGUUUAUGCCUAGGGAAAAUGGCGUUCACAAGAUCCACGCCAAAUUCAACGGAGUUCACAUUCCUGGUUCUCCUUUCAGCGUGAAGGUAGGCAAAGACACUGCCGAUCCUGCCGCUGUACACGCCAGUGGAAAUGGGCUUAAAGAAGUAAAAACUGGAAUGAAAACUGAUUUCAUAGUCGACACUGUGAACGCAGGCAGUGGCACAUUAGCUGUCAACAUUGAUGGUCCUAGCAAGGUAUCCAUGGACUGCACAGAAGUGGAGGAAGGCUACAAAGUUCGAUACACACCUUUAGCGCCAGGAGACUACUAUAUUAGUAUAAAAUACAACAACCAUCACAUAGUCGGAUCACCAUUCAAAGUGACGAGUAAAGGUGACAAAAAAGUAGCAGAUAUUGGUGGCCAAGAGUCAUCGUCGGUGGUAGUAGAGACAGUAGCGAAAGUGGGAAAAGCCAAUAACAAUAAAGGACCAACGUUGCCACAGUUCAAGAGUGACGCCACUAAAGUACAAUCUAAGGGAAUGGGACUGAAGAAAGCAUACCUAGGAAAACAGAACCAAUUCACAAUAUCGGCUCAAAAUGCUGGUGUGAACAUCUUGUUUGUGGGUAUUCAUGGUCCUAAAGGACCCUGUGAAGAAGUAUUUAUAAAACACCAAGGACAUAAUCAAUAUGCCGUCAAUUACAUGGUUCGUGAUAGGGGUGACUAUUUAGUAAUAGUGAAAUGGGGUGACGAUCAUAUCCCUGGUUCGCCAUUUAAAGUAGAAGUUUAGUUAUUUAAUUAAUUUUAUUUUUAUAUAAAUAUAUAUAUAAUUGUUAAAUUGUUCUUUUUUUACUCAAAAAGCCAUUAUAUAAAUAGUAUUAUAAAAUACUUCUCUUUUUAUUCUGUAUAUAACAGUUUUAAAAAACAAUGUAUGCCUGUUUUGGUCACAAAUGUUUAUUUAAAUUUUUGUUCUGUAAAAUUCGUUUUAAUUAUGUGACUAAUUAUAAGAAAAGUAAACUUAUAGUAUUAUAAAAUACUUUACU